UUAGCUGAUAAUGAAAUUUAAUUUUUAUUGAACUAGGUAUAAGUAAUAAUUGUUCCCCGAAACCGAAAUUAAUAACUUUUAAUAGUUGUAAAAUCCUAAUUAAUUAAUCGACUAAAGUCUAAAAACAUAUUUUCGGAGAACGAAUCCGAAUUCUUAUUCAAUAAUAAACAGAAAAAAAAAUAGUAGCAUAACAAGGACAAGUUGUAAGUUGAUGUGAUUUCUGAUGUUAUUGUGUGAUAAAACAUAUUUGGAGUUACAAAUAAACAUAAUAAUUAUCAGCUACAAACGAAAAAUAAACGUUUAUUUAUAUUAAAAGUACUAGUUGAAGUGACAACAAAAUAUGACAUUUCCGACGUAGUUCAGCUAUUUACGAUAAACUUUUGACGAUUAAAAUAGUGGUUCCCGUGAAACUUACAUUUGAGAGGAAGAAGAUAAUGUAAUUUUGUUUGUUUAUCAACGGUUUUUAAAUUAGAUACAUCGCAAUAAUGUCUUUCUUUAAAAAUGUUGCAUCUGGAUUCACAGUCCGAAGUCGAGAUUCAAUGCUAAAAGAAGCGCUUAUAAACAAUUUGUCAGAAAGUGUGAAAGAUAUUCAAUACAGCAAUCAAUUCGAAGAGAAUUUCCACAGCGUUCUGGGUUCUACUGACUCUACGAACACAUUAUGUAUGGCGCUAGAGGCAGUUUUUCUACACGGCUUGAAGGAUACAUUUCUGAGAAAAGCUAAGAAUGCUUUAACGGGUGAGUCCGACCAGCAGCCGCAGCCAAACUUUUGGCCUCUUAUCCUUGUCUUGUCUCACCGUCAAAACAUAGACCAAAUAUCUUCAUUGCCUCAAAUCAAUACAGAAAUAGGUCAAUGUCGUGCAUGGCUGCGAAUUGCUUUAAAUGAGUGCCUAUUGUCCUCAUAUAUGUCAACUCUCCUCAAGAAUAUAUCUGCUGUGAAGCCUUUCUAUAAUAGAUCAGCAUUUGUAUGUGAUUCUGAAAUAUUAGAAGUGGCUCAAAAACUUGUUGAAGGCCUGGAAACAUGUGUCCAAUUUAACUUACCCAUAAAUUCUAGUCUGCUUAAUUACUGGCCUGAACAAGUCUUGAUGUUAGCUGGCAUAUGGGUGCCAAAAUUAAGACAAGCUCCUAUCAGUGCAGCUUUAGAUGUAGCCAGUACCAUAACAGAUGAGGAAAUCAAGCCCAAGAUAGUGUCAACACCCACACAUACUUCCAGCAUCACAGGACUUGGCCGCAUGCUAGCUUUGAAUGAAGAUGAAGCUUUGGAUUUUAUUCUAUCUAAAGAUAUUAAAGAUAUCACUAGUCGAAGCUAUGAACCUGAAGAAAAAGAAGAUUUACCAAUACCAAAAACACAAGAAGAAGCUAAAAAUGAAUCUGAUAAGUCUAAAAAUAAAGUAACACCAGUUGAAAUAGAACAGCCUUCCACCAGCCACAACCCAGUAGAUGGUACUUGUGUGUCACCUUCAUCUGUUAACUCUGAGGACUUUGUUGCUCCUACAGAUAUAGUUGUUACUGGAAAUUCACUGUGUGGUAAGGGUUGGUCUACUGACAACAAUGAUGAGAUGAAUGCCUCAAUCAAUUCCAAUUCAUCUCAUGGCAGCAGUAUGAUAAAAACACCGGAACUUAAGAGUUUGUCAUCAUUAGUGGAUAAUUCAAAUCCUUUUGGAGAAACUUGUACAACUACUCCCAACUUAAGGGAUAUUAUGAAAGAUAUUCACAAAGAACUUAAGUUAAGCUCAGAAGAUACAGAUAUUUGUGAUUUGAAUGUGGAAACAGUCAGUCCUGAAGAUCCAAUGUUACAAGGUCUGGAUUUUGAAGUAGUUCCCAAUACCAUGUCCUCAUCAUUUACUGUCCAAGAGUUGCAGAAGAUGAUAUCACAGAUAGGUACUUUGUCAAGAGAGCAAGGACUUGAUCAUCAAAACUAUCAGUGUAAGGGAUGCCAGGACUUGCUGGGCAGCACCAUCUCUAAAGCAAAAGUAUGUGCUUAUACUGGAGAGUACUACUGUUGUAACUGCAUGGACCCCAAUGUGUUCAUUAUUCCAGCAAGAGUCAUACACAACUGGGAUUUCAAAAGAUACCCAGUCUCUAGGAAGUCUGCUCUCUUUUUGUUAGAAUUUCAACAUCACCCUUGGAUAGAUAUGAAAAAACUGAACCCAAAAAUUUAUAAUGGAGUAUCCGAUAUGGCUCACUUGCAGGAACUGAGGAUUCAACUAAAUUUCUUGAGAGCAUACAUAUUUAACUGUAGAGAGCCUGUCAUUGAAGAGUUACAAAAACGUGUGUGGCCUAGAGAGUAUUUGUAUGAGCAUCUACAUUUGUACACUAUAUCAGACCUGGCUCUCAUACCUAAUGGUUCCUUAGCACUGCAGUUGGAGAAGGUGGUAGGUUUUGCUAGAACUCAUGUAUUGGAAUGUUGGUUAUGUAGCCAAAAAGGCUUUAUUUGCGAAGUAUGUCGCGACCCUAAAAUACUUUAUCCUUUUGAAACAAGCACAACCUAUCGCUGCGAUGAGUGCUCGAGCGUGUUUCAUGCUAAAUGUCUUAAUGCCAGCAUACCUUGUCCCAAAUGUAAAAGAAGGCAGAAUCGUACAAAUGAGGCAUCAUUGAUACAGGCUGUACAGGCUCAAUUCAUUAAAUAACAGUUUCCUGCUAUAUUUUAAAUAUUAUAUUCUGUACAAAAUUUGCAUUUUAUUUGAUUUACAUUUGGAUUAUUGUAUACUUAUUAACUGAUAUCCAUAAUACUUAUACCAUAUUGUAAGUCUUAAUACAGGACAGGAUUAAAUUACAACAGAUGUACAAACACAGAAAGAGAAACUCUCAAAUAAUAUAUUUGAGUACAUGCCUAUACCAUAACCAAAUAUAAUAAUUAUAAUAAAUAGUUUUAAGGUCA